CCCCACCCCUUCGGGUUCAUCACAUGGUCGCGAUGGAGGCUGCUCUCCUGUGUAUAAAGCGGGAGGAGCGCAGGCAGAGGCUGAAGACCCCCGUGCGCUAAUCCCUGUGAAAGGCACCAGACACUUCUCCGGGCACCAUGGCGGACACCAACGGCGGCAGCAUCACCCCUCUGGCGAGGGAACUGUCUCAGCCUCGACUGGCCUCGGCCUACGACGCGUCCCCGACAGGCCCCCAGCUCCACCCGUGCAGGAUGAGAAAGCUAUCGAGCUGCGCCUCGCUGGACAAAACCGAACCGGGCCGGUCCCCGUGCGCCGCCGAGGCGCGCGUCCUGGUCCUCAACACCGGCGGCACCAUCGGGAUGACGCUUCACGAUAACGUUCUUGCUCCAAAGGCCAAUGCCCUUGUGGAGAGUCUGCGUAAGCUGCCCAUCCUCCACGAUGAGGUGUACGCCCAGCAGACCGGCCUGUACGAGUACUACGGGCAUGAAACCACCCUGGUCCUUCCGCUGAGUAAAUCAAAGAAGAGGAUUGUCUACACCAUCCUGGAGUAUAAUCCUUUGCUGGACUCUUCCAAUAUGACCACAGAGGACUGGGUCAAAAUUGGAAAGGACAUUGAGAAAAACUACGAAAGCUACGACGGCUUUGUGGUCCUUCAUGGCACCGACACCAUGGCUUACACAGCCUCCGCCUUGUCCUUCAUGUGUGAGCAUUUGGGCAAGCCAGUCGUUCUUACCGGCUCCCAGGUGCCCAUCUAUGAGCUGAAGAACGAUGGCAGGGACAACCUCCUGGGGGCGCUGCUAAUCGCUGGACAGUUUGUCAUUCCUGAGGUGUGCUUGUAUUUCUACAACAAACUCUAUCGAGGGAAUCGUGUGACUAAGGUGGAUGCCGGGAGUUUCAAUGCUUUCGCCUCCCCUAACUUGGCUCCUCUUGCCAUAGCUGAAGUGGAUAUUACAAUCAACUGGGACACGGUGUGGAGGGCAAACACCACAGCGAAGUUUCAAGUCAGCACUCAGCUGAACCGCAACGUGGGUCUGCUCAGGCUGUUUCCAGGAAUCACUGCCUCUUCCGUGAACGCUUUCCUGCAGGCGCCCAUGAGGGGGGUCGUCCUGGAGACCUACGGAAGCGGGAACGCCCCGGAUAACCGUCCCGACCUGCUGGCCGUGCUGAAGAAGGCCACGGACGAUGGCGUCAUCAUGAUCAACUGCACGCAGUGCUUGAAGGGGACGGUGUCAGCCUCCUACGCCACCGGCCAGGUGCUGGCGGAGGCAGGCCUGAUCGCUGGUGGGGACAUGACCCCAGAGGCUGCCCUGUCCAAACUCUCCUAUGUGCUGGCCAAGAACGAGCUAGAUCUGAGUGCAAAGAAAAAGCUGAUGGCUCAGAACCUGCGAGGUGAGAUGACCAAUGAAUUUCAAGGAUCCCAACUGUGUCUGAGCAACAGCCAUUUCAUCCAGCUCAUCGCCAAGACGCUGAGCAUCAGCUGCAGGGAGGAGCUGGCAGCCAUCCGGAACGCUCUGACUCCUCCUCUGGCCUGUGCUGCUGCUAAGAGUGGAGACAUAGAGGCUCUAGAUGCCCUCAGAGAAAUGGGUAGUAACUUGUGUCUGGGUGACUACGAUGGACGCACACCUCUGCAUGUUGCUGCCUCUGACGGCCACCUGAAAAUGGUGCAGUAUCUACUUGAGAACGGAGCCUCCGUCCACGCCAAGGAUCGUUACGGAGACACGCCCCUGUCCAACGCAGUCCGCUUCAGGCAAAAGGAUACCGUGAAGCUGCUGAGAAAGACCGGAGCUCACCUCUCCAGAGACCAGCUGGAGGAAGCAGGAAGUGAACUGUGCAGCCUGGCAGUCAGUGGGGACCUGGAAGGUCUGGAAAACUGGAGCCUUGCUGGGGCAGAUCUGAGCAAACCGGGCUACGAUGGAAGGACGGCCAUUCAAGUGGCCGAAGCUGCCGGCCGAAGGGAGGUGAUGGCGUUUUUGGUCCAGCUCAUCAACAAUAAGCCCCAGAGGUUUUUUGGUGAUUUUAGAGAGUAUGAUAAAUAUGAUGAUGAUGACGAUGAGGGUGGUUUAGUGAUCGAGUUCACGGCCCCCCCGGCUGGACGUUGAGCCCGCGCUGUCCAGGCCCAUGACACUCCGUCCAUCUGUUUUCUGCCAUCCUUUAAUCACCGUCCGUCAUGUUCAACUGCUACUAUUUUUUGAAAAUCUCUAUGGAGAUCUAUGUAUGAAAGGCAUUAACACUUUAAAUGUUUUAAUCAAAUGUUUGUGUAACUGUCAGUGAACAAAAGGAACAAAGGGUCAACUCCAUCUGAGCCGAAUAUUUUAAUGUCACUCAAAAAAAGUGAUGUUUGUCCAAAGCAGUGUUUUGUGUUCACAGGGUAAAUUGAGAGAUUUUAUUUGAAUUCUUAUUUGAGACAGGAAGAUGGGAAAUUUGAAAACAUUGAGUUUUAUUAUUCAAACUGCAUUAUGAAUCACUUCAGACAAACAGAACCAGAGCACUUAAAGCUGAGCUUAGUGCCGCUCUGCAGGGAUCACCAAAACCUGCAGGUAUCUCCGGGACUCAACCAGCCUGUUUCAGGUGCUGAUCGACAAGCUGGACCUGUCGCAUAUCUUGUACUGUGAAACGGAAAGGGGAAGUCCAGACCAUUUUGAGUUUGAUAAAGGUCUAAAAGAUAAAAAAUUUUUGUGUUCCCUAAUAUUUCCUGACAUGUUUCAUGUAUUCUUAUAAGUAAACUACUGACUGUACCUUUCUCCUCUUUGUGCGACAAAAGCAAUAAUUGCUGCUACGCUUCUUUGAUAUGAUCGACUUUUUAAAUUUGUCCAGGAUUUGUGAUUGUAUCUUAAUCACUUUAAUUGUACCCUGCUGAGGCCCACUGUCUCACUGUUGUUUUUCAAAGAAAAUUCAGUGCAGACUAAAGUAUCCCUGUGGUCUUGCUUGUAGUUUGAAAAAAAAAUCAAAAGAAAAUAAAACUAUUCUUUUACAAGAAA